AUGAAGCGACAAACGAGGACGUUCAUCCCAUGUCUGCUGAUAUUAGCAACAAUCAUGUUACAAUACUCAACGUCAACCAAAGUUGAUCAUGAAGUUGAGUUCGGUUACAUAGAAGGGAGCGCGAAGGGGCCAUCACGAUGGGGAGAUUUGAAACCAGAAUGGGCAGCCUGUAAGCACGGAACAAUUCAGUCUCCUAUUGAUUUGUUGAGUCGCAGAGUGAAAGUGGUGUCCGCCGGCUCAGAGGGCCUCAACAAGGCCUAUAAGCCUGCCGCUGCUUCAAUCCUCAACAGGGGCCAUGAUGUAACGGUGAAUUGGGAGGCUGAUGCCGGUUCAAUAGCAAUCAAUGGGACCCAUUUCUUUCUCCAAGGAGCCCAUUGGCACUGGCCUUCCGAACACCUCAUCAACGGCAAGAGGUUUGACUUGGAGCUGCACAUGGUUCAUCAGUUCACACAGCCAGACGGCACAAACAAGACCGCUGUGGUUACUGUUCUCUACAAGCUUGGUCGUCCCGAUCCUUUUCUAUCCAAGUUGGAAGAAUACAUAAAGGCGAUCGGAGAAGAAGGAGAAGAGAAAUCCUUGGGGGUGAUUGAUCCGUCAGAGAUAGAAGUGGGUCGAGACCACUUGUACUACAGAUACAUUGGAUCACUCACCGCCCCUCCUUGCACUGAAGGUGUCAUUUGGACUAUUUCUAACAAGAUCGGGACUUUUUCGAGAGAGCAACUAAAUUUACUCGUCAAUUCAGUCCAAUAUUACGCGAAGAGGAACGCAAGGCCAUUGCAGCCUCUUAACAAUCGAGAAAUACAAUUUUACGUCCCAAGCUACAAAUAUUAAUAAAUCUCAUUAUUGAUUUCCCGUAUUCCUUACAUUGUUCUUGUACUUGUACUAUAC